CUUGGGAUAAACCCUAAGAAUGGUGGGGAGCUGCGAAUGCAACAAGCCGGCAAGAGCGAUGGCGGUGGCUCUGCAUUGUCCAUAGUAGAAGGCGGAGUGACGCAAUUCGUGGCGAGGAUCGCCUUGGCACUCUUUCUCGCGCUCGAUCAUGCUGCUGGCGCUCUCAUGGGCUGCUUCCACUCGAAGCCCUCGCAGCACGCGGCCGGGUACGAAGAUCCUGUAGCUCUGGCCAGUGAUACCACCUUCAGCGUGAGUGAGAUCGAAGCGCUGUAUGAGCUCUUCAAGAAGAUCAGCAGCUCCGUCAUUGACGAUGGCCUCAUCCACAAGGAGGAAUUCCGCUUGGCGCUCUUCAAGAACAGCAAGAAGGAGAACUUGUUCGCAGAUCGGGUGUUUGACCUUUUCGAUGUGAAGAGAAACGGGGUGAUCGAUUUCGGGGAGUUCGUGCGCUCCCUCAGCGUGUUCCACCCCAAUGCACCGCUGGAAGACAAGAUCGACUUUGCCUUCCAGCUGUAUGAUCUGCGCAGGACCGGUUUCAUCGAACGAGAAGAGGUGAAGCAGAUGCUAAUCGCCUUGUUAUCAGAGUCGGAUAUGAAGCUCUCCGACGACGUCAUCGAAACUAUUCUUGAUAAGACGUUUGCGGAAGCCGACACCAACAACGACAGUCGAAUUGACAAGGAGGAGUGGCAGAACUUCGUGCUGAGGAAUCCUUCGCUCAUGAAGAACAUGACGCUGCCGUACCUCAAGAACCUUACAACCGCAUUCCCCAGCUUUCUUUUCAAUUCUGGUGUUGAUGAUAGUGUUCUGUGAGCCCAGCGCCAGCCACUCAACUGUGUUUCUGUGUGUAGAGAUAUCACGACAGCAUUCCCGAGCUUUGUAUUCAAUUCGGAAGUUGAAGACGUUGCGUGAGGAGUGUGAGAAGAUCGCAGAGAGUGGCAGAAGGAAGAUCGCAGGGAGUGAGAAAAAUUCGCAGAGAAAAUCGCGAAAGAGAGAGAGAGUGAGAGAGAGAACUUAGCGAGUGAGAGAGAGAACUUAGAGUGAGUGAGAGAGUGAGAACUUGAGAGAGAGAGAGACAGAGAGUUAGCCUAUAGAAAACUUUUUAUUCUUUUGGUUUGAAUAUUCUGGGCAUUCCGCGUUGCGGGGA